AUGACCGAAAACAUAAUGGAGAAGGGCAACGAGGCUGAAAACGCCAAUGAAGACACAGUUAUGGCGGACGAGGUCAACACCACCGAGGACGCAAUCAAGGAUCCCGCACCGGAGCAGCAGCAACAGAAGAAGAAGAAGAAGAAGAAGAAGAAGAAGAAGAAGCGAGUCAGGUCGCAGGCUUCAUUUGACCGGCGUAAAGAGCGCGCCCGUCUCCGCAGCAUGGGUCUUCCCGUUCCCACUCCGCCGCCCCAACAAGUGUGUGACCCGGCCUUACCACUCGAGCGCAAGCGCAACAAGAAAAGGGCCAAAAAGGCCAAAAAAGCUGCCUACGAAGCAGCUAAGCGGGCUGCUAAGCAAGCCGAAGAGGGACCCGUAGCUGCAAGCACCUCUCUUCCCGCCAACGCUCACCCCACAGCUCCUGAGAACGAUACCGUUAUCAUACCUGAUGUUGAAGAUGAGAGGAUGGAAGAUGACAAUGCUGAGAUGGAUUUGGACCCAGCACCCACCAUGACUCUUGUGUAUCGGGGUAAGACAGGCUGA